AUGAUGUGUCAAAUCGAUCCAUAUACUAGUUGCAAGAAUGGUGGCCAAUGUAUUCCCAUCGAUGAACACAUGGCAACCGAGACCAAAUUCACAUGCAUCUGCCCGAAAUAUUUCACUGGCGACAGAUGUGAAAUAGCUGACACAAAAAUCAUUUUAUCGUUUCAAAACGAUAUUACUCUAUCACGAUCGAUGAUUGUUCACUUUAUUCAAGUACUUGACUAUUCUUCACACGAACGUGCGACCACUGUCAAAACGAUUCCUAUCGAGAAAAAUUCUCUUAUCAUUUACUGGUCACGUCCAUUUCAUAUUGUCCUUUUCGAACUUUUCAACAAAACCUACUAUUUAACUGUUGUUCAAAAGCGAUACAAUCCAUCGCAGGUCAUCGUUAAGACGCUCAAUUCAUCGGAUCGUUGUAAACACAUAAGCGAAGUGUUCAAUGAGACCAUCGUCAACUUACAUCUUCUUCGCCGCAUCAAAUAUUAUCAUUUGCCAUGUCAAAAACAUUCAUCAUACUUAUCUUGCUUUUACGAUGAUAUUCAUUUUUGUUUGUGUAACACUUCUAGUCAUCAUCAACAUGUGGCCAACUGCUUCGAGUUCGAUCACAAUUUGAAACCCGAUUGCUUUGGUCAAAAUAGUUGUGAAAAUGGGGCUCAGUGCUUUCAAGACAGUCCGACCUGUGCACCAACAUCGAUGUGUACAUGUCCCACAUGUUUCUAUGGAAGACGAUGUCAAUUUAGUACGAAUGGUUUCGGUCUGUCGAUCGAUGCCAUUUUAGGCUAUCACAUUCUGCCAAAUGUCAGCAUUGUAAAACAACCGUAUGUUGUCGACAGUCAUGAUCACGCAGGACUGUUCAGUGGUGUUCUUUCCGUGAUUAUGUUUCAGAGCAAAAAGUUAUGCGAAGCCGGCUGUGACUUAUAUCUAUUGAUUUCAUUCAUCACUACUGUAUUUACCGUGAUUUUGGUUGCACUUAAGCUUUGGAUACUCGUCCUUGCACAAAUGGCGUUGACAACGAAUCGAUCUUUUCUCAAUUUUCAGUGUAUUUCAAUUGAUUUUCUUCUUCGAAUUUGCCUUAGUAUGGAUCAACGGUUGAAUACAUGUGUAGUCGUCGAGCGAGCAAUCGCCGCACUGAAACGAGUGAAUUUUGGCAAGAAGAAGAACAAGAAAAUGGCUAAAUUCACGAUUCUCGCUCUUCUUAUUCUAACCAUUGGCACAGCUAUUCAUGAUCCCUUCCAUCGAGACCUGAUUGAUGAUGACGGCGAUGGUGACGAGAAGCGGAUCUGGUGUAUUGUGACUUAUUCGCCCAGUGUUCAAUUCUUCAAUUUGGCAGUUCAUAUUUUUCACUUUUCCACCCCAUUCAUCAUCAAGCUGAUAUCGGCUCUUGUUAUCAUUCGAAAGAAUGCUCAGCACAAAGCAACCGUUCAGCCUUAUCAAACUUACCAAAACCUCUUACGUUAUCAAUUUCAACAACACAAUCAUCUUCUUAUUGCACCAGUCAUACUAGUCAUUCUUGCUUUUCCACGUCUGAUCAUUUCUUUCGUUUCGAGUUGUAUGAAAUCGGCACGUAAUUCGUGGCAAUUUCUUGUUGGAUACUUUAUUUCAUUUAUUCCGCCAAUGCGUCUCUUUGCCGCAUUUGUCUUGCCGUCAAAAUUGUACAAAAAAGAAUUUCACAAGUGUAUCGGACGAUAUCGAACGACGAUACAGAGACGUGUACAUCCCAUGUUGUAA